CAUAAUUAAUACAAAUAUGCAAAAAGUUCAAACCUUUACCCCAAAACUCCUCUUCAUGUCCACAUUGCCUCUUCUUCUUCUUCGUCUUCUUCUUCGAAUAUGAAGCUGAACCGUCUCUGUUUUCUUCUACCGGCGGACUUCGAUGAAGUCCAGCCACUUGAUCGUGAAGAGCUUCAUGAACUCAACGACAAUCACAGCCACAACAAACAUCAGAACAAACAGGAUCACAAUCAAGAUAGUUGGUCUCAAUUUCAAGCCUUACUCCGAGAUUCCCUUCACAAAAUCCAUAACCUGAGAUGGGUUAAUUCUUGUUGCUACGGCGGCAGACCCAGAAAGCCACCACCGGCCGAGUUUCACGACACCGAUGGGGUACACCUUUCUGAGAAACUCGGCGGCGACAACCCAAGAAUCUUCAGCUUUGCAGAGCUUUAUAUUGGAACCAAAGGAUUCAGUGCAGAGGAAAUUCUUGGUAGUGGUGGAUUUGGGAAGGUUUACAGAGCAUAUUUGCCUAGUGAUGGAACUAUGGCAGCUGUGAAAUGUUUGGCUGAAAAAGGGGAGAAGUUUGAGAAGACGUUUGUGGCAGAGCUGGUGGCGGUUGCCCAUCUCCGGCACCGGAAUCUUGUCCGGCUCCGUGGUUGGUGUGUUCAUGAAGACCAAUUGUUCAUUGUUUAUGAUUAUAUGCCCAACCGAAGCUUGGACAGAGUACUUUUCCGGCGGCCGGAGAACGGCGGGACGGAUCUUAGUUGGAAACAGAGAGUGAAGAUUGUGAGUGGCUUGGCUGCUGCUCUGUUCUAUCUUCAUGAGCAAUUAGAGACACAGAUUAUUCACAGAGAUGUUAAAACCAGCAACGUCAUGCUUGAUUCCAAUUACAACGCUAAGCUUGGUGAUUUUGGUUUGGCAAGGUGGUUGGAGCAUGAUCUCGAGUACCAAAACAGCGUGCCGUCGAUGAGCCACCACCAGUUCCGGCUGGUGGAAACCACCAAAAUUGGCGGCACAAUUGGGUAUCUCCCACCGGAGAGUUUUCAAAGAAGAAGCAUUGCCACUGCAAAAUCUGAUGUUUUCAGCUUUGGUAUUGUUCUUCUUGAGGUGGUCUCUGGUCGGCGAGCAGUGGACCUUACAUGUCCUGAUGAUCAGAUUGUGUUGCUUGAUUGGUUUCGAAAGCUCUCCGAUGACGGAAUGCCGCUGCUCGGCGGCGAUAACCGGCUGCCAGAUGGGUCUUAUAAUCUGAUUGAAAUGGAGCGUUUGAUCCAUUUGGGUCUCCUCUGUACACUCCAAAGCCCUCUGUAUAGACCAAAUAUGAAAUGGGUUGUGGAAGCACUUUCCGGUGGUAUGAAUUUUCCGGCGCUUCCAUCAUUUCAGUCUCAUCCUCAGUACAUUUCUCUAUCUUCCACCACCAAUGGCAGCACUACCAGAAGCACUAGCAGUAGCAGAACCACAGCGACAACAAUAACAGUUAGUUCAUCAGAUUUCGUAUCAGCCAAUGGAGAAACCAUAUAUAUGACAGCUGAGAGUCGGAACAAUUACACCAACUCUUCUGAUAAGCUUCUUGACAGAACAAAAACUAUUCAAAUGAUUGACAAUCCAAGAGUAAUAUCAUUCAAGGAGAUCAUUUCAGCCACCAAUAACUUCUCCGACUCGCAGCGGGUGGCAGAGCUGGACUUCGGAACUGCCUACCAUGGCUUCCUUGACAGCAGCCACCAUGUUCUAGUGAAGCGCCUUGGAAUGAAGACAUGCCCUGCAUUACGGGAACGAUUCUCGAAUGAACUUGAAAACUUGGGCCGUCUUCGCCAUAGAAACUUGAUACAGCUCCGUGGAUGGUGCACAGAGCAAGGGGAGAUGCUUGUGGUAUAUGAUUAUUCAGCAGACCGUCUCUUGAGCCACCUGCUUUUCCACCAUGACAAUAGAUCUUUACAAUGGUGUCAUAGAUACAACAUUAUCAAAUCUCUGGCUUCAGCAAUUCUUUAUCUUCAUAAGGAAUGGGAUGAACAAGUCAUCCACAAGAACAUCACCUCAUCAGCUGUCAUUCUUGAUAUUGAUCUUAACCCAAAGCUGAGUUCUUUCGCCCUUGCAGAAUUCCUGACAAGAAAUGAGCAUGGAAAUCAUCAUGUAACCAUAGAUAAAAGCCAAUCGGUUUGCGGGAUUUUCGGGUACAUGUCCCCCGAGUAUUUAGACUCGGGAGAUGCAGCAGCGACAGCUGAUGUAUACAGCUUUGGUGUAGUCGUUCUAGAGGUGAUUACUGGUCAGAUGGCCGUCGAUUUUCGACGGCCAGAGGUAUUGCUGGUGAGGAAGGUCCAUGAAUUCCACACCCGGAAAAGAUCACUGGAAGAACUUGCUGAUAUAAGGCUGAAUGGAGAAUACAACCACAAAGAACUGAUGAGAAUGUUGAGAUUAGGAGUGGCAUGUACUCACUCAAACCCAGAUUUAAGACCCAAAAUGAGGCAGAUAGUUAAAAUACUCGAUGGCAACGAUCAAUGCUUCCCUAAAGAAGAAAAAAUGGAGAGCCUAGAAGGUUGGAAGCAAAGAAAUGCAACUUCUUUGUCACUGGUUAGGAGGAUCCAAGCUCUGGGAAUACAGUGAAAAACCAAAGAGAUGAGUAUUUCAUUUGCUGAUAUUGUAACUUAUAACCGAGAAGGAUGGCUUCCGGAUGUAUCAUUCUGAUUAAGAACAUAGUAAUCACUUGUAUUCUCCUUACAUUUCAAGAGUCUUUGACCAAUAUCAUUUACCAAUAGAAUAGAAUCGUUAAAGUGCCGUAAAAAGCAAAGAAUAUCCAUGUUAGAAAUUACGACUCUCUGCUAUGUAUGAUAUUGUCCACUUUGAGUAUAAAAACUCGUGACUUUGAUUUGGGCUUCUCCAAAAGGCCUCAUACCAGUGGAGAUCUCUCCCAACAAACCUCAACAAUCCUUCUCUCGAACAAAGUACGCUAUAGAGCCUCCCCUGAAGCCUAUAGAGCCCUCGAACAACCUUCUCUUAAU